AUGGAAGACGUCGUGAUAUCUGAUGAUGGAACAGAAGAUGAAGAGGACCAGAAGCAAAUACAGAGUGGUGACACCAGGAAAAGCGAGAGGAAAAAACGACCUCGUAUUUAUUAUUCUCCUGAACGGACUGACGGCAAAAAGAGACGAAAUGUAAAAAGAAAUGGGAAUAGUGUUACUGGACCAAACAGAAAAUGUGAUUUGCUACCAAAUGGGGAACCAUUUAGUUGUGGCAGAUGUGGCUCUCCAUACGUUGUCAACAAGAGAAGUAAGACAUCUCUGAAGAACUGUCAUUCCAGACACCGCCCACUGCCGCACGAGUCCCUAGAUCCCCUCACUGGAAGAAAAAUACUGAUAUGCAAUCAGUGCUAUCUUGUGUUUGUAAAAAAGAAAUCAAAGAAAACUUCUUGGGUGAAGAAACCUGAGGCGGCGAUAAAAGAUGAGUAUAUAAGGCGGUGUAAAGCCGAGGCCCAGGAGAUGGCGAACAGAUUGAUGAGACCAGAAGCAAACAGGUUGUUUUGUCCAGAGUAUACAAAGGAACCUUGUGGCUGUAUUCAGAAGUAUAUCAAAAAUCAAGGAAACCCAGUACAAGCAGAUCUGAGAGCUAAGGAGCUGUGUGAUUUACUUCAGAAGGCAACAGAACUCAGUAAACAGAAAUGUUAUCAGCUUCCAGAACUAUGCACUGAAGAGAAACCAGCAAAGAAGAAUGCCAGAAAAAAAAUCUAUGUAGGGCUUGGUAAUGGGCACAAGAGGUCUCGGGCUUUUGAGGCCUUUGUUCUGGAGAAGCGACAGUACCUGAGGGACGUGAUGAAGCUGUGUGAGAGAGGAAGUCAACGAGUUCUCACGUACUCAAAUAACUUCCUCCACAAAAGGUUAAAAACAGAGGAGGAUAGCUGUCGUUUAGUGAUGCAGAGAAACAAACGUACCAUGGGAUUGUUGACUGCUUUUGAAGAUUUCUCUAAAAAUAAAUGCUGUGUUGACGGCUGUGUCAAAAUGGCAGAUACUCAUCGCAGACUGCUGAGUGACUGGAGAGAAAGAGCCAAGAAAAGCCAGUCAGAGGCCAGGAGGGUCAUAGCUGAAAUGUUGAUUCCAUCAGCUGGAUGUAGAAAGAAUUGCUACAGCUUUAUCAACAUGGUGACUGGCUCCUCUAGAGGGAUCAUCUCAAAAGUUAAUCAUCAGAUGUUGUGGACAGGAGGGGAUAGAGAGCCCCCAGAGCAUGGUCUGGUCAAAUACAAGAGAACUCACAGCAGCAAGUCCAAAGUCCAAUCUCACACUGCUCAGAAACCUAAAGUCACCACAGUAAAUGUGUCAACAACUAUAAAAGCAAGACUGGACACAAGUAACACUUAUGUACAGCCAGAUAAUGGAUUGGUUCAAGGAACGCCACAUCCACAUAUCCAGACAUUCAACACACAAGAACCAAGACAGCCAUCAAUAAGUACUGAACCCCAACAACAACAACUACUACAGCUACAACAGAUAUUUGAACAUCAGCAACAACAGCUAAUACAGCAGCAGCUCCUACAGCACACGCUACUGAAUGAAAAGAUGGAAACCUCCACCACUCAGAAUGUCAUCACGAUUCAGCAGUUAAUGGAUCAGAUGAGUGCCCAGGUGAUGAAUACACAGUUACAACUUCAGCAGUCUCUACAACAGCUUAUAGGAAUGGGAGCUCAGUCCAACCAAUCAGCUGUUCCAACGUCAACUGUCAAUCAAAAUGAGGCAUUACUUCAGGCCAAUCAACAUCAGAGGAACAUCCAACUGGAGAACCCACAAGUGAUUCCAUUUUAUCCAAUGACGGUCCAUUCUAAAAAUACUGCUGAUCAAGAGAACUUGCAUGAAAUACCUGCUGAUGCCUUAAAUAGACAACAAGCAGUAGAACAGCCUUCUCUGUCAGGCCAGAGUCAGCAGCCAGUGUACAUUCAAGUGAACACAGCUGGUGGUCAGGGUACUUAUAUACAGGGAUUCCCUCAGAACCAGGCCUCAGCCAGUAACCAGUCUGGUGCAGUAGUCUACUCUAGUGAACAUUCAAUGUUCAUUCCAUACAACCAGACCAAUAUUAAUUCUGAUAUUAGUACACCCAGUGUUUUGUCUAGUGGAAAUUUACCUGUCACUCAGGCAGUCAAUAGACAAAAUCAGACAGCAGCAAUGAGUACAAAUUCUCUACAUAUGAAUAGCAGAAAACCUAGCAAUUCAAGCUCAGCUUUUGUAGCUGUGUCCAAACCAUCAGUCCAUAUGGCCACAAGUAGUCAAAAUGUGGUCCAGCCAUCACAAAUAACAAUUGUUUACCCUGGGUGCAACACUUUUGUGAAGCAGUGUGUUCCAAGAUCUAAAAGUUCUGUAGUAACUGAAACAGUAGCCAAUGUACCCAGGAAUGUUAAUGUAAGUGUCCUAGGUAAUCCCAAAACUCAGACUUUAUCAUUUGUUCCUCCUGCCAAACAAGUGAUUUCUCAAAAUAUGGGAAAACAAUCAUCUGGUAUCUCAACAAGUACCCUGACUUUAAAUACAGCCAAUGGAGUGAAAGUAGUUGGAACACCACAACCUGUGCCAUCUGAACAAAUCCAGCAAAUGUCGAAUGGUUUGCCUCAAAGUUCAGAAAAAGUGAUUCAAGUACAUACCAUUUCAGAUCCAAGCAUGCUAUUGAAGCUUCUGGAGCAGACACCUGGUCCUCAAGCACAAACACCUGUGCCUGCUAGUCUAUCAAAAUCUGUGCCUGUUUCCACAACAUUAAAUGUGAAUGGUGUCAAUGCAAGAAUGAAUUUAGUUACAAACACUGGGCAAGGAAGUGCAGUAGUUCAAGGAAACCCGUCUCAAGUGAUGCAAGUCUCAAAUGUUCAAACAGGCCAGUCAUCCAACCCUCCUUCUUACACCUAUAUCAUUAACCCCACUGUUCCCUCAGCUCAGCCUGUGGACGUAGGACAACAAACGGUUGUGUCCCCAUCAAGUGUAGCCCCUCACACCCUUACAACACCAUCAGGUGCAGCUGAUUAUAUCAACCCUGCCACUCUGGGACUAGCUACUCCUAAUCCACCAAACUCACAACUGGUUGCCAUUGAUCCCAAUCUGUUAAUAAGACUUUGUCAACAGGCCUUCUCCUACCAAGCUCUGGACCCCAGCAAGGGAAAAUCCCCAAAAUUCCCUUGAUCUAGUAUUGAAUUUAAUGAAAUUUUGAAUAAUUGUUUAAAAUUUGUUAUAUGCAUAAUUUUUCAUUGAAUAAAUUAAAGUUUUGAUUCUA